CGUCAUUUGAGGCCUGGCCGGCGCGCCGAGCGGGGUGGUCAUCUGGGACGCUCAGUGAGCCGUGUACCUGUCGGAGACGCCUGGCCAGCACAGCAGCGCCUGGCGCGGCGCUAAAAGGCCGUCAUGAGGAGUUCCGUGGCCGCCUGCGUCCUGGCGACGCUCGUGGCGCUCGGAUGGACAGACACGAUGCCGCGAGACCACGUGGAGAGCCCGCCGGACCUGGGCUUCAGCCGCACCAGCCAGCAGACCGUCGCCGCCGUCAGAGAGGGCGCCGUCAGCAGCGAGCUGCGCACACCCGCCGAGAAUGGUUACAAGAUCGUCUGCUAUCUGGGCGCGUGGGCCAUCUACCGGCCGGAGCCGAUGAGUUUCCGGCCGCGCGACGUGCAGGCCCAGGGCUGCACCCAUCUCAUCUACUCGUUCGCCGGGCUGCAUAAUUCCACGUUGGAGAUGGUCAGCCUCGACCCCACCUUCGAUAUCAAAAAGGGCGGUUACGCCGAGGCCAUCGCGCUGAAGAAGAAAAACCCCGAUCUGAAGGUCAUGAUCGCCAUCGGCGGCUGGGCAGAGGGCGGCAAGAAGUACUCGGACAUGGCCAACACGGCAGAGAGUCGCACCAAGUUCGUCAACUCGGCAGUGGCCUUCAUCAAGGAGCACGGAUUCGACGGUCUCGACUACGACUGGGAGUACCCAGGCGCUGAGGACCGCGACGGCCGCUGGAUCGACCGGGAGAACUUUGCGCUGCUCGUGGAGGAGACGUACGCGGCGUUCCAGCCGCGCGGCUGGCUACUCUCGGCCGCCGUCUCUCCGGCCGAGUUCCGGGUCAAGGCCGGCUACCAUGUCAGCCGGCUCUCCGCCAAACUCGACUUCAUCAACGUGAUGACGUACGACCUGCGCGGCCCGUGGACCGGGUUCGCCGACCACCACGCGCCGCUGAACCGCCGAGAGACCGACAAAUGGGACAUGAGCAAACUCAACACGCGGGACGGUUUGAAGGUGUGGCUAGAUAACGGCGCCGACCCCAAGAAGGUGCUGCUGGGCGUGCCAUUCUACGGCCGCUCGUUUGAGCUGCAGGACAGCGGCAGCACGUUGCCGGGAGCGGCCAUCAAGGGCCCCGGACCCAAGGCCAUGUACACACAGGAGGAGGGCUACUGGGCCUAUUUCGAGGUCUGCAAGAAGCUGGCCGCCGAGUCCGGUUGGACGAUCAAGAAGGACACUGCCGGCGGGCCGUACGCCUACAAAGGAACCACCUGGGUGGGCUACGACGACUACGGAUACGUGUCGAAAAAGAUGGACCUGGUGAAGGAGCUGGGUCUGGGCGGCGGCUUCAUCUGGGCCAUCGACCUGGACGACUUCAGCGGCAGCUGCGGCGGCAAGUGGCCCCUGCUGCGGGCCAUGAACGAGAAGCUGAGCAUGGCCGGCAGCUCGGCGAUGGCGGCGCCGACGCCGGCGCCAGUUCCGGAGACCACCACAGCCGCACCAGUCACCACCACCACCACCCCGGCCACCACCACCAUGAUGGAGAAGCCCUCCACCACCACCAAACCGCCGAUGCCAUCCACGCCGCUGCCGUCCAGUGACGCCGAGUUCCAGUGCCCGUCGGACGGGUUCUUCCGCGACCCGUACAACUGCCAGGUGUACUACCACUGCGCCAGCGGCGUGGCCUUCAAGUCGGUGUGCGCUGACCAGCUGGUGUUUGACUCGGAGAAGAGCGUGUGCAACUGGCCCGGGGAUGUGGCCGACUGUCCCUCCGGCACGGCUGCCAACAACGGCAUCGCAGUGGUGCGGGAGCAGGCGGCGUUCCGGUGCCCCCGGUCCGAGAGCGGCUUGUUCUCCGACCCAGACGACUGCAGUAUGUACACCUGGUGUAACGCCGGGCGCGCCGUCAGACUCACCUGCGGGCCCUACAUGCGCUUCGACGCCUCCAUCGGCGCGUGCAACCACCCGCGGGCGGUCAGGUGUCAGAGCGGCGUGACCACCAAGGUAGCGCUGGACGUGGCCACCACGCGCGCCGCCACCAAAGAGAGCCGCGUGGUGUGCUACUUCACCAACUGGUCGUGGCGCCGCGCCGGAGCCCAGUACGCCCCCGAGAAUGUCGACCCGUCGCUGUGCACCCACCUGGUCUACCAGUACGCCGUGCUCGACCCCAACAGCCUGACACUCGAGUCGUUCGACGAGAGGACCGACUUCGAGAGCAACUUUAUCACACGCAUGCGCGCUCGUCUGGGCUCGUCUGUGGAGAUGCUGCUGGCCGUCGGCGGCUGGACCGACUCAGUGGGCGACAAGUACAGCCGAAUGGCCGCCACGGCCGCCUCGCGCGCCAAGUUCGUCCGCUCGGCCGUCCAGUUCGUCACCGAGCACGGCUUCGACGGCCUGGACCUGCACUGGUCGUUCCCGGGCUGUCCGCAGGGCGACUGCCAGGACGGCUCGGCCAUGGACCGGGCCAACUACGCCCUCCUGCUCAAGGACCUGCGUGCCGCGUUCGACGCCGAGGGCGGUAACCUGCGCCUGACGGCUGCCGUCGCCGCGCACCACCACAUCAUUGGCAAGGCGUACGACGUGCAGGCGCUCAACAAGUACCUGGACUUUGUCAACCUGAUGGCGUUCGACUUCCACGGCGGCUGGGAGGCCGUCACCGGCCUGGUGGCGCCGCUCUACGGAAAGAACGCCGCCGACCGAGACAGCGUGGACGGUGCAGUCAAGACAUACUCCCAAAUGGGUCUGUCCAAGAGCAAGAUCGUCGUGGGCAUUCCGUUCUACGGCCAAUCCUACAAGCUGGCGACCGGGGGUCACAGUCUGGAGGCGCCGGCCGCCGGGCCCGGCCUGGCCGGGGAGAAGACACAGCAGAGGGGCAUGCUCGCCUACUACGAGGUCUGCUUCAGACUGCGCACGGGCUGGAUGUCGAAGCGCUCGCCGCAGGGCGCGCCGUACAUGUACCACAAGGACCAGUGGGCUAGCUACGAGGACGUCCGCUCCAUCCAGGACAAGACGCAGUACAUCAAGUCCAACGGACUCGGCGGAGCCAUGGUCUGGACCAUGGACCUGGACGACUUUGAGAACGACUGCUGUCUGGAGCCUCAGCCGCUGUUGCGUGCCGUCUCGCGCGGCCUGCGCGGCGUGCCGGCGGCGCCCAGCCAGCCCUCGUGCACCAAGCCGCCGCCAGUGGUGACGCCCGCGCCGCCGCCCAUGACUACCACAUACGACUCCGGAUCCAUUGCAGGUAACAACCCGACCACCUGGCGUCCGAGCUCGUCCACGUCCUGGAUGGCGCCCACCACCGCUCCCACCACCACGACCACGACCACGACCACCACGACCACGACUCCUACCACCACCACCACCGCCUCCACGACCACGGCGGCCGCCGUCCCUGAGCCGGGCGCCACCACGCCGCCGCCCAGCAACCUGCAGUUCAACGCGCUCGGUUUCGCGCCGGACCCGAACAGCUGCACGGCCUACUACCGCAACACGCCCGAGGGGCCCACCAUGCUGAAAUGCUCGCAGCCGCUGCACUUCAACCCGGUGACCAGCCAGUGCGACUGGCCAGAGGCCGUCGGCUGCACCAUCGAAUCGGCGAAGGGCGAGUCUCCGUCGUCGACCACGAUGAAAACGAUGACCCGCACCAUGAGUCCGACGACGACCACCGAGGAGCCGACGACCACCAUGAGGCCGAUGACCACCCGGACCACCACCAUGAAGACCACCACCAUGGAGACCACCACCAUGGAGGCCAUGACGACCACGCCGGAGAACGAGCAGCGCGGCGAGGAGCCCUGCAAGGACGGCACGUUCAUGGCCAUACCGGGCCAGUGUUCGGCCUACAAGUGGUGUCUGGGCGGCAUGACCUUCGUGCAGCAGUGCGCCAGCGGUCUGCUGUGGAACCCGGACCGGCAGAUCUGCGACUGGCCGGACAACUUCGAGUCGCCCUGCAACACCGGCAUGGCUUCCGCUAUCACCGAGGGACAAAUGGCCGAGAGCUCCAAGCCUGCUGGUGAGAUGACCGACAGUCAGAUGACUGAAGGACAGAUGAGCGGAGGUCAGAUGUCCGAGAGCCAGAUGACCGGUGGCCAGAUGACCGGUGGCCAGAUGACCGAGGGUCAGAUGACCGAGGGUCAAAUGACUGGUGGUCAGAUGACUGGCGGCCAGAUGACCGGCAGUCAGAUGACUGGCGGCAGUCAGAUGACCGGCAGUCAGAUGACUGGUGGUCAGAUGACUGGUGGUCAGAUGACUGGCGGUCAGAUGAUGACCACGACCGAGGUGGCCACCACCGGGAAAGAUAACACCGAAUACAAGAUGGUGUGCUACUUCACCAACUGGGCCAUGUACCGUCCCGGCAUCGGCAAGUACACGCCCGAGGACAUUGACCCGUCGCUCUGCACACACAUCGUCUACGGCUUCGCCACGCUCGACUACUCCACGCACAAGCUGCGCAUCUUCGACCGCUGGGCCGACAUCGACAGCCCCAACAUGAUGUACAAGAAGGUAACAGACCUGAAGAAGAAGGGCAAGAAGGUUCUGCUGGCUGUCGGAGGCUGGAACGAUUCCCAAGGCAGCAAGUACAGCAACCUGGUCAACAACGCCGCAUACAGGAAGAUCUUCAUUGAUGACGCCAUCGUGUUCCUGAAGGAGCACAACUUCGACGGUCUGGAUCUCGACUGGGAGUACCCCAAGUGCUGGCAGGUGGACUGCUCCAAGGGUCCCGACAGCGACAAGGAGAUGUUUGCCGCCUGGGUGCGCGAGCUCAAGAUGGCCUUCAAGGAGCACAACCUCUUGCUGUCGGCCGCCGUCUCGCCCAGCAAGAAGGUCAUCGACGCCGGCUACGACGUGCCUGAGAUCAACAAGUACCUCGACUGGAUCGCCGUCAUGACGUACGAUUUCCACGGCCAUUGGGACAAGAAGACCGGACACGUGUCACCAUUCAAGGCCCAUCCUGAGGACGACUACGACUACUUCAACACGCAAUCAGCUAUCGAGCACUGGAUCGCCAAGGGCGCGUCCCCUCGCAACAUCGUGAUGGGCAUGCCGCUGUACGGCCAGUCGUUCACGCUGUCCAACCCGUCCAACACCGGACUGAACUCUCCCAUCUCCGGAGCCGGAGAGGCCGGCACUCAGACACGCGCCAAGGGAUUCCUCGCCUAUUACGAGAUCUGCCAGCGCCAGAAGGAGGGCUGGACCACCGUCCAGGACCCGGAGAACCGCAUGGGCCCCUACGCCUACAAGGGCAACCAGUGGGUGUCGUUCGACGACAGGGACUCGCUGCGCUACAAGACCCAGUGGAUCAAGGAGCGCGGUCUGGGCGGAGGCAUGAUCUGGGCGCUGGAUCUGGACGACUUUAACGGUGUGUGCUCCCAGGGCAAGUACCCGCUGCUGACGGUGAUCGCCGACGGCCUCAACAUCAAGGCCAACAGCGGAGGCAUGAGCUCGGCUGCCUCCGUCUCCGUCGAAGGGGAGAUGGGCGGCAGCAGUGGCAGCAUGUCAGCCACUGAGACCACGACGACGACCACCACCACGACCACGGCCGCCACCACCUCAGCGCCGCAACAGCCACAGACGGGUGGUAAAUGCAGCAACCAGGGCGAGUACCGUCCUCACACCGACUGCAACAAGUACCUGCUGUGCAACAACGGCGAGUACCUGGUGAUGUCGUGCGCAGCCGGUCUCCACUGGGAUCCCAAGCGGGACAUCUGUGACUACGCCGAGAACGUCGACUGCGGAAGCCACAAAAAGUUGGAGGGCAAGGUGGAUCCACCGACAACCGAGAGCACAACUGAGAAAAUGACCACGAAAAUGGCUCAAACUACCAAGGCACCAACUUCCUCACAUGAAAUGAUGAUGCCAGGAAUGGGUGCACAGAAGUCGGAAGGUGGAUACAUGAUGGUGUGCUACUUCACCAACUGGGCCAUGUACCGUCCCGGCAUCGGCAAGUACACGCCCGAGGACAUUGACCCGUCGCUCUGCACGCACAUCGUCUACGGCUUCGCCACGCUCGACUACUCCACGCACAAGCUGCGCAUCUUCGACCGCUGGGCCGACAUCGACAGCCCCAACAUGAUGUACAAGAAGGUAACAGACCUGAAGAAGAAGGGCAAGAAGGUUCUGCUGGCUGUCGGAGGCUGGAACGACUCACAGGGCAGCAAGUACAGCAACCUGGUCAACAACGCCGCCUACAGGAAGACCUUCAUUGAUGACGCCAUCGUGUUCCUGAAGGAGCACAACUUCGACGGUCUGGAUCUCGACUGGGAGUACCCCAAGUGCUGGCAGGUGGAUUGCUCCAAGGGUCCCGACAGCGACAAGGAGAUGUUUGCCGCCUGGGUGCGCGAGCUCAAGAUGGCCUUCAAGGAGCACAACCUCCUGCUGUCGGCCGCCGUCUCGCCCAGCAAGAAGGUCAUCGACGCCGGCUACGACGUGCCCGAGAUCAACAAGUACCUCGACUGGAUCGCCGUCAUGACGUACGACUUCCACGGCCACUGGGACAAGAAGACCGGACACGUGUCGCCCUUCAAGGCCCAUCCCGAGGACGACUACGACUACUUCAACACGCAAUCAGCUAUCGAGUACUGGAUCGCCAAGGGCGCGUCCCCUCGCAACAUCGUGAUGGGCAUGCCCCUGUACGGCCAGUCGUUCACGCUGUCCAACCCGUCCAACACCGGCCUGAACUCGCCCAUCUCCGGAGCUGGAGAGGCCGGCACUCAGACACGCGCCAAGGGAUUCCUCGCCUAUUACGAGAUCUGCCAGCGCCAGAAGGAGGGCUGGACCACCGUCCAGGACCCGCAGAACCGCAUGGGCCCCUACGCCUACAAGGGCAACCAGUGGGUGUCGUUCGACGACAGGGACUCGCUGCGCUUCAAGACCCAGUGGAUCAAGGAGCGCGGUCUGGGCGGAGGCAUGAUCUGGGCGCUGGACCUGGACGACUUCAACGGUGUGUGCUCCCAGGGCAAGUACCCGCUGCUGACGGUGAUCGCCGACGGCCUCAACAUCAGGGGCGGCAGUGGCGAGACUGGCAUGGCAAUGACUACUGCGGCCCCAGCAACAACGGCCCCGACUACUAUGGCUUCCACUACCAUGGCCACGACCACCAAGGCGCCGGUGUCCUCAAUGACAGAGACAAUGGCAGCUGGUGGACCAUGUUCGAACGUUGGAGCGUACAUGCCCCACGAAUACUGCGACAAAUACAUGCUGUGCACACCUGACAAGGUAUACGAGACGUUCUCGUGCCCGUCAUCCCUGCACUGGGACGCCAAACACGAGGUCUGCAACUUCCCCGAGUCAGCCAAGUGCACUGGCAAACUCUUGGAAACGUCCCAGCCAGAAUCAAUGAAACCGGACAUGGGAAUGGAAAAGCCUGACAUGGGCAUGGAAAAGCCUGACAUGGAAAUGGAGAAGCCUGAUAUGGGCAUGGAGAUGGGCAUGGAAAAACCCGACAUGGGUAUGGAGAUGGGCGUAGAGAAACCAGACAUGGGUAUGGAGAUGGGCAUGGAGAAGCCCGACAUGGGCAUGGAGAAGCCAGACAUGGGUAUGGAGAUGGGCAUGGAGAAACCCGAAAUGGGUAUGGAGAUGGAGUAUGAGGGUCCUGUCAAGUUUGGUCCCUUCCCGCCGGCCGCUAAGGAUCAGUACAUGGUGGUGUGCUACUUCACCAACUGGGCCUGGUACCGGCCCGGCGAGGGCAAGUACAAGCCGGAGGACAUUGACGUCAGUCUGUGCACGCACAUCAUGUACGGAUUCGCCGUGCUCGGCCAGAACGGUCUGAUCCGUCCGCACGACAGCUGGGCCGACCUCGACAACAGCUUCUACGAACAGGUGACCGCGCUCAAGAGCAAGGGCGUCAAGGUGGUGCUGGCGCUGGGCGGCUGGAACGACUCGGCCGGCGACAAGUACAGUAAGCUGGUCAACAACCCCGAGAGCCGGCGCAAGUUCGUCCAGCAUGCCGUCGAGUUCGUGGAGAAGCACAACUUCGACGGUCUCGACUUGGACUGGGAGUACCCCAAGUGCUGGCAGGUGAACUGCGACAAGGGCCCCGCGUCGGAUAAGGACGCCUUCAGCGCCUGGAUCAAGGAGCUGAGCGAGGCGUUCCGGGCCCGCGACACCCCGCUGCUGCUGACCGCCGCCGUGUCGCCCAACAAGAAGGUCAUCGACCAGGGAUAUGACGUUCCGAUGCUCUCCAAGUACCUUGACAUCAUAUCUGUGAUGACUUACGAUUACCACGGUCACUGGGACAAGAAGACCGGACAUGUUGCUCCGAUGUAUCACUAUCCGAGCGAUGAAGUGGAAUUCUUUAAUUCGGACUUCACCAUCAAGUAUUGGAUCGAGCAGGGAGCCGACAGGAAGAAGAUCGUCAUGGGUAUGCCCAUGUACGGCCAAUCGUUCAGCCUGGCUGAUAACAGCGUCAAUGGCCUGAACGCUCGCUCUUACGGCAAGGGCGAGGCUGGAAGGUUCACCAGGGCCGGCGGCUUCCUCGCCUACUACGAGAUCUGCCACAAGAUCAAGUCUGGCGGCUGGACGGUGGUGAAGGACCCCAAGAAGCGGAUGGGCCCGUACGCCUACAAGGGCAGCCAGUGGUUCUCGUUCGACGACGCCGACAUGAUCCGAUACAAGUCCGAGUACAUCCGCCACAUGGACCUGGGCGGCGGCAUGAUCUGGGCGCUCGACCUGGACGACUUCCGCAACCGGUGCGGCUGCGAGGCGCACCCGCUGCUGCGUACCAUCAACCGGGUGCUUCGUCAGGAGCCGGAGCGGCAGGAGGACUGCGACGUGGGCGGCAUGGUGGUGCAGGCCGCCGAGCCGCCGCCGCCCGGGUCCCCGGGCGCCACCACCACCACUACCACCACGCCCAAGCCGCCGCCGCAGCCGCCCACGACCGGUGGCAAGUGCUCACGGCAGGGCGAGUACCGGCCUCACGUCGACUGCGAGAAGUUCCUGGUGUGCAACAACGGCGAGUACUUCGUGCAGUCGUGCGGCGGCGGCCUCAAGUGGAACGCCUUCUCCGACAACUGCGACCACGCCCGCAACGUCGACUGCUCCCGUGGAGACAUCGAGGCAGCUAGCGCCGCGGCCGCGUCCACCAAGGCGCCGGACACCGCGCUCGAAAUCAAGGCUGAGCCGUCGACCAGUGACCCGGCGGGUACCCCGGCGUAUCCUGCUCCUCCACCGUCGACCACCGAGACGCCCAUGCCUUCGACCACCGAGGCGCCCAUGCCUUCGACCACCGCGGAGUCCGCCAGGCCGGCCACCACGGCCGCGCCAGCCAUGCCCGAGGGAACUAGGGAGCUGGAGGUCGGAGCCGCGUGUGACAAGGUUGGCGAGAAGAUGCCGAGUCAGACCGAGUGUGACAAAUUCUUCACGUGCGUCAACAACGAACUCCAGGAGACGUACUGUCCGCCAGGCACUCACUACAACAGGGAGACCACGCAGUGCGACUGGCCCGCCUCUGCCAAGUGUCCGUUCGCCGAGCAGCCGGCGGCGCCGGCUGGCGGCAGCGCCCCGGUCCAGUCGGGCGUCUCGCAGGCCAUGGUGACCACCACGCCGACCGUGCCGACGAGCUCCACCGAGGCCGGCACCGCCGCCGACACCGGCUACAAGGUGGUCUGCUACUUCACCAACUGGUCCUGGUACAGACGCGGCAAGGGCAAGUACUCGCCGUCGAACAUUGAUACGGAGCUCUGCACCCACAUCGUGUAUGGAUUCACCGUCCUGCACCCCACCGAGUACACCAUCAAGACUCACGACCCGUGGGCUGACAUUGACAACGAAUUCUACCUGAAGUUCACGCGCCAAAAGGGCCCGAGGACGAAGGCCAUCUGCGCCAUUGGCGGUUGGAACGACUCCCUGGGCAACAAGUACAGCGUCAUGGUCAACAGCCCGGCGCUGCGCAAGAAGUUCAUCCACUCGGUGAUGGUGUUCCUGGAGAAGUUCAACUUCGACGGCCUGGAUCUGGACUGGGAGUACCCGGCCUGCUGGCAGGUUAACUGUGACGAGGCACACGCUUCCGACAAGCAGGGCUUUACUGCCCUAAUGAGGGAGCUCAAGGAAGCCUUCGAGCCCAAGGGCUAUCUGUUGACGGCUGCCGUCUCGCCCAACAAGAAGGUUAUCGAUCUCGGAUACGAGGUGCCGAUGCUCUCCAAGUACCUGGACAUCAUCAACGUGAUGACCUACGACUUCCACGGUCACUGGGACAAGAAGACCGGACACGUCGCCCCGAUGUACUUCCAUCCGGAGGACGACGUGCCCCACUUUAACGCCAACUUCACGAUGAACUACUACAUCGAGAAGGGCGCCGACCCCAAGAAGAUGGUGAUGGGCAUCCCCAUGUACGGCCAGUCGUUCGGCCUCACCGAGGCCAGCAAGCACGGCCUGAACGCCAAGUCGUACGGCAAGGGUCGGGCCGGCAAGUACACACGCGCCGCCGGCUUCCUUGCCUUCUACGAGAUCUGCGACAAGGUGCAGAGCGAUGGCUUCACUGUGGUCAAGGACCCAGAGAACCGCAUGGGACCGUAUGCUUACAAGGGACAAGAAUGGUUCUCAUACGACGACAGAGCCAUGGUUAAACAAAAGUCUCAGUACAUCAAGGACAUGGGUUUGGGCGGCGGUAUGAUCUGGGCUCUGGACCUGGACGAUUUCCGCGGCACCACGUGCGGCUGCGAGCCCCACCCCCUGCUGCGCACCAUCAACCGGGUGCUGCGGGGCUACUCCAGCCCGGAGCCCACCUGCAACGUCUGAGACCCGCUCUGGCGACCCCACGCGCCCUCGGGGGGCCGCCGGCGACCUGACGACCCAGACGGAGUCGCAGGAGCCAGCCGGAGCACCCCGCGGGGCGAGGGGCGGCCGAGGGGCGGAGUGAAACGAAAGGCAUUCAUACUUACUCAGCGCGCAAUGUGUCAUGCGACGUGAAGUGACGUGGAACCUGUGGCAUUAUUACAGCAGGAGGGGGACUGGGGAUAUGUGGGAUUGAGACGAGUGUUGACUGUAUCAUGAACGACCGCUGUGAGACUAUUUCCUGUGAACAAUCACUGCUCUUCAGCCUGGCCCCAUGGCGCCACUUUGUUACAAAACGGUCGGUGAUCAGGGCCGCCGUCCUCCGAUCAUUGUAAGGUUGAGCGGGCACUGCCAUCCACCCAGUCGCCUCUCUCUGUAUCACAGUGCAGGGCUUAGGCAAUGUGCAUCAUUACAUUCAGCUGUCUGUCUCGGACCUCUUGCGCCCGACAACUCAUGUAGCAGUGAAGAUAUCACCCUAGUGCCCUCGAAAGUGUGUCUCACCAAGACGUUUGUGUUCCUUAUGCGACAUGAUGACAAAAACAUGGUGUAUGAUGUCAGCGAAGUGAGUCGAAUAAACGUGGAAGCAUCACGACCACAACAA